CGGACGAGAACCGGAAUGAUGGACUUUUCACGUAGCAGUCUUAGUUUAACAAUGUCUUCGAUUUUUGAAGCGAGAAUCACAAUCGAUGAUAUUUUUUAUUGGAAUGAAAAGAUUUUCCUUCAAGGACACAUGUUGAAAUUUGCUAGUUGUUCGUAAAAAUGGGAAAUACGCUGUAAAUAUGGCGGGACUUUCAAAUCAUGUUUUGCAUGUUAAGAAAGCUGUCUCACUUUCGUUGCCUUUGAAAUCAGGCGCGGCGUUUUACAGGACAUUUCCAUCAGCGACGGGAAAAUAUUCAUCCUCUUAUGUUCCUCUGAAAACGGUUGCAAGUAUUCAAAAUCGUACGCGAUCCCUGGUACAAGCUUUACGAUCUGCAAAAAAUGAACAGUCGUGGUUGAUUCGUUUGGAAGAGUUUAACGACCACAUCCUUCGUUAUCAAGGUGUCGGCAGGAGUCAAGCUAUUCGAGAAGAAGCCAUCAGCUUUCUGCUAAGUGUUAGAAAGAAGGGAAAUAAAGAGGUUCGUAAGGAAGCGCAAAAAGCGCUGGCGUUACUGGGAUGGGUAGAUCCCGUCAAGGGAAGAGGAAUCAAAGUGCUGUCGAUCGAUGGAGGUGGAGCAAGGUAACUUAUGUUUGAUUUCAUGAUGUGAGUGGGAGACGCAGCAGCGUAAUGGUUUAUGUAGUGCUCUCUAGGCCGAGAGGUCUGGGUUCAAGACGUGGAUGGGUCAUUGUGUUGUGUUCGGGCUAAACACUUUACUCUCGCAGUGCUUCUCUCCACCCAGGAGUAGGAAUGGGUACCAGCGAAUUAUCAGGGAAGCCUCAUGACAUGUUGGGGGGUAACCUUGGGAUGGGGGGGAGUAGUGAUACUUCUUUUUGCUUCAUACCAUGGAAACCAGGAUAAGUACCGGCUGGAUGGGCCACUUGGCUCAAGUACAGACUUAAGUAACAUUUAACCUCUAACUUACAUGUAUAUUGUGAUCAUUCACAUCAGUUCUAACCAGUUCUGUCAGGGAUAGUUAGUAAAUUUUUGUCAUUUUUUUGUGGAAGUCAUCUUGUCAGUCUUGUAGAAGUCUUCAUCGCUUGACUAUGGCGAUGACCUCAGUUCAUCAAAAUGUCAGUCACUUUUGUGGGCAAUGGUGCUAUGUGAAUGUACUUUUAUAAAGUAGCGUGCUCAAAGUGGUGUAACAAGGGGCAGUUUUUUAUAAAUUUCUCAUGAAAUGUAGAAAGGAUCAAUGUUUGAGCAACUGAUCACCUACUCCUCCCUUAACCCAACAUAAUUCUAAACUUGUCAUCAGUUGAAGCAUAGUUAUUGUCAGCAGGUGUUUUCUCUGCCAAGCUAUUCUAUAGCAACAUCAUUGAUUUCUCUAUAGAGGCUUGAUGGCAAUCGAGAUCUUGAAAAGAAUUGAAGAAAUGUGUAACAAGGAGAUUCAUGAAUUAUUUGACUUUAUCUGUGGAGCGUCAACAGGAGCCAUUUUAGCAUUUCUGAUUGGUAUCAAGAGAGUUCCUCUGGAGGAGUGUGAGUACACUUAUAAAAAGCUCAGCAUGGAUGUAUUUGAACAGAAUUCUUUUAUUGGAAAAGGAAAAUUAUUCCUGAAUCAUGCCUAUUACGACACAGCAAAAUUUGAACAGAUUCUCAAGUAAGUUCAUUCACGUCUUUAUCCGCAGUUCAAAUAUAUGACUUUCAUAUAUUCUUAACCGUUUAUUUCAUCAUUUCAUGGGUUUGUUUAGAACCAACAUCAUGACCAGCUCCCAGUUGGCUUGUUAGCUCAGUUGGGAGAGCGUUGCACCGGUAUCGCAGAGGUCAUGGGUUCAAAUCCCAUACAGGCCUGAAUUUUUUUCAGGCCUUAUUUUCACUACUGCCUAAGUAGUGCACAUUACUGCGAGGAUCACUUUCAUUCACAUGAGUUCAAGUAUGUUUGAAAUUUUAAGGUUCUGAUAACACAAUCAUGUAUAUAACCCUGUUUUAAUUUCAAUGUUACACUUUAUACUUUUGCUUUGUUUUUGUUUAUUUGUUUGUUCGUUUCUAUUGGGCCUAUUAUAAAAGAUGUAUUUUGCAUUUCCUUAGAACAACCUAACCUUGUGAAACUUGUUAUCAAAUGUGCUCAAAAUUUGUCUCCAGAUGCGGUCAUUUUUGCUCUUGCCAAGCAACCAGGUACCUGUUUCUCAAAGGUCCUAGUAACUUAACAGGCCUAGAAAGCUGUUUGGUUUUCCUUUGAGAUGGGAGUUUCAAAAGUUUUGAAAAUAAUGCUAUUAAACUAUCAGCUAAAGAGAAUGAAUGGACUGGUUAUAGUGUCAAAGCUUGCCUCUCUAGUUAAAUUUUGAUUUCAAAAUAUGGCUUUGGGCCUGUCAAGUUACUGGAACUUUCGAGAAAUGGGCCCCAAGUCACUCAUGGUUUUUGUGAUGACCAAAGGAGUCUUGGAUAUCUGUUAUAGAACAAGGACCUCACAAAAAGGCAUUCUAACCGCAAAUAAUAAUUUGAGGGAAUGAUAAGAGAAGUAGUCACUUAUGAGCCCCCUGAGGUGCAUUCUGCCAUUCGAGUUAACUUCAGUCUGUAAUUUUUCCUCCAAUUUACCUCUUUAGAAUCGUUGAACAUUCUUAGCAAUAGAUAUUUCCUUGUGAUGUUGAUGAACACAAUAUGGCUUCAGGAAUGUAUCCUACCUCUUCUUUAGACAGAGGGAAUACUCUAUAUUAGACACUGCGAGGUUAUUCUAAGGGUGUAUUGUGAGACUGUGACCAAACUAUUUGGUGUUCAGUCUAAGUUCAAGACCCAGCAGGGUCAUGGUGUUGUAUUCUUGGCCAAGACACUCUGCUCUCACCUUACCUCUCUCUUUACCCUGUUGUAUAAGUGGGUGAUAGCAAAUUGUUAGAGAGGACUGGCUGGUGAGGGGAGGACUGAGUGAGAGGACUGGUGUGAUGCUGGGGGGGGAGUAAUGUUGCAAUGGACCAGCCAUCCCAUCCAGGGGAGAGUAGAAAUAAUUCUAGUCUCCUCCUGCUGUGGAACUGGGAUAAGCUUCAGUUGGACAGGCCUCUUAGCACAAGUACAGACUUUAUCUUUUUAAGUGAAAAAAGGGAUGGAUUUUAUAAACAAAGGGGUCACUACAACUUUUUAGUUCUAGAGUCAGUUGUCCAGUUUCACCAAUUGGAGUAACUUUCUUUUGUGAAUAGGAAUGAAAGUGGAGAUGAACGAUUGAUAGAUUCAGCUAAGGACCCGACAACACCCAAGGUAUAAUUAACUCUUAGUCCCGUCUAAAAUGAACAUCCUAGCAAUAAAAAUGAGGCUUUCACCAGAUGGAGGUGUCAGGUUAAUAAACAGAUAUAUGAUCUAACUAUGCAGAUAUAUUUUGAAGUUUGAAGUUAAUUUCUGUUCAAGUAAUUUUCAAUUGAGUUGAUGCUUUUUUUCCCCAGUCUUCCUAGGACAUGUACAUUAGCAAAAUACAAAUCAAAUAAACUUGAAAUUAUUUAACUUGAAAUAGGUAUAUUUUUCAAUUUUAAGAUGGCUCUGAAUUAAAGUUAUAGAUUUUUUUUUUAACUUUGAAAUAGGUCACUUUUUUCCUAUUCACUAGACUAUCAAACCUUUUUUUUGAUUGGAAGAAACUUUUAAUUUGUAUUUAACAUAUCCCCUAGUACUAGAAGGUAAUAGUGUUUCAUAUCACUCUCAAGGGAACCCAUAAAAAUUGUGAUAAAAUUGCUUUCUCUAAGAAAACUGACAAUAUGGCAGCUAUAAUUUUUACAAAGAAAUACUGAGCACUUUCUUGCCAAAGUCAUGCCUGCUAUGCAGGUUACAAAGCACAGAAUCACAACAUCUACCUGAAAAUAGGGAGAAGCUGGCAGAGAUGUUAGAGUUUCCAAUUUUGGUCUUCGCUGUUUGCCAUAAAUGUCCAUCAUGCUCCAACUUCCUUUAAUAAUUUUUUAUUCCCAUAACUGUGCAGGUGGCAGCAGUAUCUACAGUAGUCAACCAUUCCUUACUGAUGCCGUAUGUCUUCAGUAACUACACACACCCUUAUGGUUCCAGCUCUAAGUUUCCUCAGAGCUGUAAGUAUAGGCUGUGGGAGGCACUCAGGGCAUCCACUGCUGCUCCUGGCUACUUUGAGGAGUUCAAACUUGGAAAUAACAUCCACCAGGUUGGAAAAUUUUUUUGCAAAAUAAAGGAUCAAUGCAUUUAUUAGUUACAAUCAUAGAGAACUCCUUCUACAUUGGUUUAUUUAACAAUUGGUUCAUGCUCAGCCUGUGAAUAUCAAGGUAUGCAUGCAUAUGCAAAGUUUGAAGAGCACACAUGUAGAGUAACAGUUGCUUGAGGCACAGCUGAGGGCAACUCCAGCUUCUUGGCACUCUGGUUAAAGUGAGAGAAUUUGGAAAGCUAAUAUUUUUUUGACAGCCAUGUGUUUCUGUGCUUCUUUGCUCCUUCUCUCCUGGCCUACCCCUCCCUGUGUUUUGUCCUUCUCUCCCUCUACUUUAUUCCUCAGUCAUCUUUCCUUCCUUUUCCUUUCCUCCUUUCAUAACUUUUGCCAUCUCUUUCCAUCCCAAUCUCCCUUCUUCCAAAUUUUUCCUUUUUUUCUUCUUCAUCCUCCCCUCCUGCUGCCCUCUUUCCUCCUUUUGUUCCUAUUCCCCUUCUUUCCCAUUAUCUCCUUUCUCACCCAUCUUUUCCCUCCCCUUCUCUUUCCUUUAUUUCUCCCCAUAUCCCUCACUCCUCUCCUAUGUUCUCUUUUCUCCUACCCUACUACUGUCACCCAUUUUCCUUCCAAAAUGGGAAUUUUCGAUAGGAUGGUGGACUCCUCACAAACAACCCUUGUGCAAUAGCUGUCCAUGAGGCCAGGCUCCUCUGGCCAGAUGAACCCUUUCAAUGCAUUGUGUCUCUUGGUACUGGCAAGUACAAGGGAAGGUCUGGCCCAAGCACUGAAGAGUUUAGCAGUCUGAAGGAAAAACUUCUAAAAGUUGUGGCUAGUGCAACAGAUACAGAAGGUAAAGAUUAAAAACAGUUGUAUAUGAUAGUGGGGUUGUUUUUUCUUUUUCUCUUAUGAAAACUUAAAGGAAAGUUCUCUUUUUGAUAAAAAGGGUCAGCGUAAUUCUGCAGUAGUGAAAAUAUACAGGAGUUCUGAACUGUAAUAACAGAUUUUAUUUAAAAAAAACAGUGAGAAAAGUUUCUGAAAGUAAUUUUAAAACUUUAAAAUUUCUUCAACUUCUUUUAUUUUUAGCAAUAGACACUGUUCUCAGUGACAUACUGCCCAAGUCAGUCUACUUUCGGUUGAACCCAAACUUAUCAACUAAUGUACCCAUGGAUGAAGGCAGGAUUGAAAUGUUGGAACAAGUUCAGUUUGAUGCCAGAAAACAUUUGGAAAAAAUUGACGAAACUUUAAAGACUUGUGCAAAAAAUCUUCUUCAAGAUAAGACUGUUCUAAAUCAUGGAAUGGACAGGUUUAGAAAUUGGUAUAGGACUACAUGAGCAGACAUUUUUGUUAUGAACCUUUACACCCUAACAUCAGUAUGCAUAUUCUCCAUUCUUUUCCUUGUACAUUUCCUAAGGUGUUGACAAGGAGAAUUUGGUGAACAAUCAAGAGCCUCUUUUGUUGGUGAUCAUUUUCUUUAUUCUCAUGACCUUAAUGUGUGAUUCAGGGGUGAUAUUGUAAGGAGAAACUAGAUGUUGGUCACUCUUAGCAGUCAAAGGGUGAAAUAAGUUUUUUUAGUUCAAAUUUACAUGCAGUCAGUUGCAAAAACAGUAUUGUUUGAUUUUGUUCAUUUAAUUCAUCUUCCAUGAAGGUGUGUUUGAAAAUAAAAAAGACGGUUUUAAAGUGCUAUGGAAUGCAAAUGUCAUGUACCUCGGUGCAAAACACCC